AUGCCCCUACAGUCGAAAGUGGUUAACGAGCAACCGAAUAUAGAAAACACCCUAUUGUACUCCACAUAUCAAGCCUCAAGUCCAGCUAGAUUCUCGACCGAUGAUGACAAGUUUAUCAUGUAUGGUGGUGGUCCAUCCUACAUCAUUCAAUGCAAAAACGUAUCAAAACUUCGACCCCUUUCAAGCGACCGAGUCUCCUUGUUUGUGUUAUCCUCACAUUUCAUUAUAUGGUCCAACAAAGAUAAUUUAGGUGUUGAGAUACCGUAUCAACUGAUUUUUUUGCAUGCCUUAGAUAAGAAUUCACUAUACCUACAAGUUCAGAACAGUCCAGUACUCGGUGACUCACUGGAUGAGAUUUUGGAAAUUAGUUUGAUUGAAAGCAGUGACCAUGGAAAUGCGAAUGAGCUAUUUACCAAGGUCAAUGGAAAUGCCGAAACUGUAUACCAUGCCAUGUCAACAUGCUCAGCCAUGCACUAUGAUUCCGAAGGCGAAGAUGAUGACGAAAUGAUGGAUCAUAACCAUGAGACACAUUCUCCGACUAUAGAAAUUCCUGAAAAUUGUCUUAAUGGUGAAGCGUCCCACAUUCAAGUGAGACUGUUCAAGAACGAUGGACAUGCUGAUGAUCUAGAUGAAGAAGAAGAUGAAGAAUUAGAGGAAGGCAUAGUUGCGGGGAUGAGUGUUGAUGUUGGAUACGCUCAGAUAGCAGGUAGUAAAAGAAUCGAUCAAGAUGAUGAUUUGGUGUGUAGUAGUAAGAGAAAUAGAAAGCAGUGA